ACUCCGGAGGAAGUGGACGAGAAAGUGGCUGCGGUCGAAAAGUCGGGUCUCGAGACGGGCUACGACGUCGCCGCGAUUGUGAGUUACAAGGUCUUCCGGAAGCUGAAGGACGAGGGCGUCAUCCCAUCACAUGUGCGCUUCCAGGUUGCGUUCCCGACCAUACCGAAUGUCAUCUUGCCGUUCAUCAGCAAAGUCUUUCAGGAGCGGAUCGCGCCUCUCUACGAGAAAGCUCUGUUCAAGGCGAUGCGAAAUACCCAGGAUAGCAUCCCUCACGAGGACCUCUCCAUCCAGAUAGACAUCGCCGGCGACACGGCACUAUGGGAAGCGACGAAACGUGAGGCCAAGGGGACCGCACUGGAAUACUACCAGCCAUGGUGGCAAGGUGACGUGCGGGACUACAUGGUCGCGUACAUGAUGCGCAUGUUCGCCGAGGUGGAUCAGGACGUCGAGCUCGGGAUCCACAACUGCUACGGCGACAUGGAUCACAAGCAUUGGUUCGAGCCGCCUUCCCUCGAGGUCGUGGUCGAGCGCGGCAUCCGGAUCUACGAGGAAACGCCGCAUCCCAUCAACUACUUCCACUGCCCCGUGCCCAAGUCCGCGACGGCCCAAUACGGGCCCGGCGACAACCUCGACGCAUACCUCGCGCCGCUGAAGGAUCUCGUGCCCCACCUAGAGAAACACAACACGGAGCUGUACCUCGGCGUCGUCCACGAGGAGCACCUCGAGCUCACUCGGGCGAUGAUCGCGGCCGCCCAGAAGGUCGUGCCGAACUUCGGCGCCGCCAUGGAGUGCGGCGGCGGGCGGAUGCAGAAGGACAAGUUCGAGAAUGCGCUCUCCAUCGCGAAACAGGUC